AAGCGAACCAGGUCGCGGUAUAGUACGAAAAAAUGGCCGCGCUUUCUACUGAAUUUGGAGAUUUGGUGCAGAUUAAAAAGCAACUUAUUUACGUGAUAACACUUUGUAGAGAGAGGGGACUCGUCCACAGUGUAAAAUGGGCGUCAGAGUUGGCGUUUGCCUUGAACCCGCUCCCCAUGAAUGAGCUGCCCCCUCCUCCUCCCUUCACUGAGGAAGAUGCCCAGGAUCUGGAUGUGCUGAGUCUGGCCAAGUCCUACUUCGACCUGAAGGAGUACGACCGUGCCGCCUAUUUUCUGCGAGGCUGUCGCAGCCAGAAGGCCUACUUCCUGUACAUGUACUCCCGGUACCUGUCUGGAGAGAAGAAGAAGGAUGAUGAGACCGUGGACAGCCUGGGGCCCCUGGAGAAGGGCCAGGUGCGGAACGAGGCACUGAGGGAGCUGAGGGUGGAGCUCAGUAAGAAGCACCAGGCCGGAGAGCUGGACGGGUUCACUCUCUACCUGUAUGGCGUGGUUCUGCGGAAGCUGGACCUGCUGAAGGAGGCGGUGGACGUGUUCGUGGAGGCCACUCACGCCCUCCCUCUGCACUGGGGGGCCUGGCUGGAGCUGUGCAACCUCAUCACCAACAUAGAGAUGCUGAAGGCCCUGUCCCUGCCAGACUGCUGGAUGCGGGAUUUCUUCCUGGCGCACAUGUACACAGAGCUGCAGAUGAUCAAGGAGGCCCUGCAGAAGUACCAGAGCCUCAUCGACGCCGGCUUCUCCAAGAGCACCUACAUCAUCUCUCAGAUCGCCGUGGCCUAUCACAACAUCCGAGAUAUAGACCAGGCCCUGUCCCUGUUCAAUGAGCUGAGGGAGCAGGACCCCUUCCGCAUAGAGAACAUGGACACCUUCUCCAACCUGCUCUACGUCAGGAGCAUGAAGCCGGAGCUAAGUUACCUGGCUCACAGCCUGGUGGAGAUCGACAAGUACAGGGUGGAGACGUGCUGUGUGAUCGGGAACUACUACAGCCUGCGGUCGCAGCAUGAGAAGGCUGCUCUGUACUUCCAGCGGGCCCUGAAGCUGAACCCUCGCUGCCUGGGGGCCUGGACCCUCAUGGGCCACGAGUACAUGGAGAUGAAGAACACCUCCGCCGCCAUCCAGGCCUACAGACACGCCAUUGAGGUGAACAAGCGGGACUACCGGGCCUGGUAUGGACUGGGACAGACCUAUGAGAUCCUGAAGAUGCCCUUCUACUGCCUGUACUACUACCGAAGGGCUCACCAGCUCAGGCCCAAUGACUCGCGCAUGCUGGUGGCUCUGGGGGAGUGCUACGAGAAACUCUCCCAACAGGUGGAAGCCAAAAAGUGUUACUGGAGGGCGAACUCCGUCGGGGAUGUGGAGAGAAUGGCGCUGCUCAAACUGGCCAAACUCCACGAGCAGCUGAACGAAUCGGACGAAGCCGCCCACUGUUACAUCAUCUACAUCCAGGACAUCUUCUCCUCUGUGGAGCGUGUGGAGCAUGUGGAGGUGAGCACAGCGCUGCGGUACCUGGGACAGUACUACUUCAAGAACAAGCGCUACGACGAGGCCUCUCUCUGUGCCCAGCGCUGCUGCGACUACAACGACGCUCGAGAGGAAGGGAAGGCCCUCCUGAGGCAGAUCUCGCAGGUCCGAGAUCAGGGCGAGGGCUCAUCGGCCGACCUCUCGCUCCCCUGCGUCUUCGGAUCACUGUCCAACAACAACACCCCGGUCCGGCGCGUGUCCCCCCUGGACCUGUCCUCGGUCACCCCCUGACCCCGCCGGCUCCUCUCCCACCCGCUCCUCUCCUCCUCUCCUCCGUUUCAUGACCUGCCCCCCCCCCCCCACCUGACCCCACGGACGAGUGCUCCCGUCACCCAUGAACAGGUCCCUUGUAAAUGUACCCAGAUGCACGUGCAGCUAAAAUCACAGGCAACCAAAGUGUGGGUGAGAUUGAGUGUGAAAGAAGGUCGUUGUGAAGAACUACAGAAAAGCACGUUCGGAUUUAGCUGGACUGGAUCACGUUAUCCCUUGUUGAGCUGCCUACCUCUUGUUUUCGCAUGAGUGUUGUGCGCCUACCUUAUCUCUGUCUGGAGCAGGCUUUCACCAGGAGUGCUGUUGGCCCAGAGAGGGGGGGGGGGGGUUGAAGUGGAGAGGUGCAGUAUUAAAUUUAAGUAGCCGGGAAGACCAGACUUGGGGCUCUACGGACGAAAGAUUCAGCAAAACAGAACCAGCUGGCUUUCCUGAAUUUUACGGCAUUUUCUGCAUGUGUGCUUAUGUUCAGCCAAUGACCAGUGUGUGAGAAUAAAGAAGACCAUUUGUAGUAAAGUACUACUUUGUAAAGGGAACUUGCAUUAUGUAGGUAUGUGUGAAUGUAGGUAUAAUUUGUGUGAGGAUAAAUGAAGUUGUUGAUUUAUACACCGAGUGGUAAUUUGUCCCUGAAAGGUCCAAGUCAAGCCCUUCAUCCACAUGCUCAAGACAAACUCUUUAUUUACCACUUGUGAUAUUUUAUCAUCUUCAAGGCCAUCGAUUGGCUCUUGCUGCUCCAGUGCAUUCAGCGUAGUGACCCACGGUCACCCAUGGUCUGAUUGGUGCUGGGGGGAUUGGAUGAUUGGUUCUGCCAUCACAGGAUGGCGUAUGAUUGGCUGCUGUGUUGCCAGGGGAAAGUGUGUUCAAUUGGGAAAAUGUUUCCUUUGAAUGGUGUGCAACAUUGUGCAACAGGCUUUGACGUAGGUUUUCACCCAUUUGGUGAGUGUAGUGUAGUGAGUAACUUAGGCGUAUGUUUUAAAGCCCAGAGAACGUACAGAAAGGCCACAAACUGUAUUUCGUCUUCAACUGAUCUUAAUUUCCAAAAUGGUGGACAGCAGAAUUAAAAAGCAGUUUGAUUUCAGCAACACUUUGGGCAGGAAUUCAGAAAUUCUGAAUUUUAAUGAAUGUGAUCAAAGUACAGAAGGCUUCAAAGAAAAACACAAACCAAAGCAAGAUUAAAGUGAAAUUGCUUUAUAUCUGCAUUCAUUUAACUGCACUGUCAUCUCCCAAAUUACAUGCAAGCUUACCCCAAAAAACAGUAAAAAGUAAAAUACUUGCUGAAUUGCUGUAUAAAACGUUAUUGCUUUUUAUUUUUUUAAAUGUUGAUAUCUUCAUAUAAAAAUAAAGUAUUUCUUCAGGCCA